AAAACAGAUCGUUAGUUGGAAUACGUUGCAUGGAAUGAACAAAAUGAGCUUAAUUGAUUUCUUUUUAACUAGUUAAUAUAUAAAAGUUGUGGUGGUCUUAUUGAGGACAUUGAUAUCGCUUAUGACUUCAGUCAUACAUAGCAUGUAGUGGAACUUCCCAGGCUUACUCCAGACACUUCUUCUUCUUCUUAUUGGCAUUACAUCCCCACAGUGGGACAGAGCCGCCUCGCAGCUUAGUGUUCAUUAAGCAUUUCCACAGUUAUUAACUGCGAGGUUUCUAAGCCAAGCUACCAUUUUUGCAUUCGUAUAUCAUGAGGCUAACACGAUGAUACUUUUAUGCCCAGGGAAGUCGAGACAAUUUCCAAUCCGAAAAUUGUCUAGACCGGCACCGGGAAUCGAACCCAGCCACCCUCAGCAUGGUCUUGCUUUGUAGCCGCGCGUCUUACCGCACGGCUCCAGACACAAAACGUUCAAAAAUCUUGUCACAAUAUUGUACGAAAAAAAUAAACCCUAACACAAUGUUUCAUGAUAAGAAAUUAUUUUUUGCUUUUCAAUGAUUUUUUUAUCUUAUUAUAAGACGAGUUAGUACUUAAUAACACCACUGAUUCGACUAUGUGUCUAUUUUUGGAAUCUCGGGUACAUUCAGUAAAUGCCAAGUUGUGAAGGUCGGCGGAGGUCGAAAGAAAGUGGUUACCUCCAAUACAUUUUUCAAAUCAAUAACCUUCCAUAUAAUGUACAUAUUCACAUCGGAGUUUUUCAGAACAGUAUUUUAAGGAAGAAAAUAUUUAGUCCGCUGGGUGUAUGGGGAUGCCUUAUAGUGCGAUGGUGGUAGAAGUUGGUUCCCCGUGCCAACUGUGACCAGUUCAAGCAAUGUAUCGAUGGCAACAUAUAUGACGGGUGUCAGGCCAUUUGGCCGAAUGCCGUUUGGCCGAACGCCAUUUGUCGUUUGGCCGAAUGCCGUUUGCUGGAUUAGUUUAAAAAAUUACCUCGAAUUACGAGUAAUGAAGAGUGAGUAGUGAGAAGUGGAAAAUGAAUAGUUGAAAGUCAGUAGUAAGAAAUGAAAAGUGAGAAGAGAAAAGUGAACUGAGAACUUCUUUGUUCUUCCUUCUUCUUUUUUCUUUCUUCUUUUUUCCUUCUUUCUUUUUUCUUUUUCCAUUUUCCUUCUGCUUUUUUCCUCCCUCCUUCUUCCUUUUUCCUUUUCGUUCUUACUGCUUCCUUCUUCUUUCUUCCUUCGUCCUUCUGCUUUCUCCUUCCUUCUUCAUUCUGCUUUAUUCCUCCCUUCCUUGCUUCUUCAUUCUACCUACUUCUUUCUUCUUUCUACCUUUUUCCUACUUCCUUCUUAAUCCUUUUUUCUUCUUUCUUCCUUCUUACUUCUGCUUUCUUCCUCCUUCCUUUUUCCUACUUCCUUCUCACUACUUUUUCCUCCUUCCUUAUUCCUUUCUCCUUCUUCCUUAUACUUUUUUUUUCUUUUUCUUUCUUCCUUCUUUUUUCUUAUAUUCUUCUUCCAACCUUAUUCCAUCUUCGUUCUUCCUUCUGCUUUCUUCUUCAAUCCUCCUUCCUAAUUGCUUCUUCCUUUUUCCUUCUUCAUUCUUCCUACUUCCUUCUGCUUUCUACGUGAGAAGAGAAAAGUGAACUGAGAACUUUUUUCUUCUUCCUUUUUCCUCUUCAUUCUUCCUGCUUCCUUCUUCUUUCUUCCUUCUUCCUUCUUCCUUUUUUCUUCCUUCUUACUUCUGCUUUCUUCCUCUUUCCUUCUUCUCUAUUCCUUCCUUCUUCUUUCUACCUUUUUUCUAUUUCCUACUUCCUUCUUACUUCUUAUUUCUUCUUUCUUCUUUUUUUCCUUUUGCUUUCUUUCUCCUUCCUUUUUUCUACUUCCUUCUUAUUCCUUUUUUUCUUUCUUCCUCCUUCCUUUUUCUUUAUUCCUUCUUCCUUUUUUUCUUUUUUCUUCUUCCUCCUUCCUUCUUCCUUUUCUUUCUUCCAUUCUUUCUCCAACCAUAUUCCCUCUUCUUUCUUCCUUCUGCUUUCUUCUUUCAUCCUUCUUCCUAAUUCAUUCUCCGUUUUUCCUUCUUCAUUCUUACUACUUCCUUCUGCUUUCUUCCUUCUGCCUUCUUCCUUAUUCCUUCUUUUCUUUUUACUUCCUUCUUCAUUCUUCCUCCUUCCUUCUGCUUUCUUCCUUCUCCUUUUUCCUUCUUCAUUCUUCCUACUUUCUUUUUUUCUUCCUACCUUCUUCCUGCUUCCUAUUUAAUUCUUCCUUCUCACUUCUUUCUUACUCUUUCUUCCUUUUUCCUUCUGCCUUCUUCCUCGUUUCUUAUUCCUUUUUGCCUUUCUCGUACAACAAGGUGUAAUUAGAAGGCUAUAUAUUCACUUCCAAAACGAUUUUGUGAUAGAAAGUCCGGAGACCCAUAGUGUUAUAUACCAAUCGACUCAGCUCGACGAAUUGAGAUGAUGUCUGUCUGUGCGUAUUUGUGUGCGUGUGUGUAUGUAUGUGCGCAAAAUAAAACUCACUCAUCUUUUAGGCACUUAUCUUGAUCCGAUUUGUUUGCAAGAAAUUACAUUCGACGGAGAAUCCUGUCCCAUUGUUUCCUAUUGAAAAUUGGUCAGAUCGGACUAUGGGAUCAAAAAUGAUGGCCAAAAUACGAUUUAUAUACAAAAAACACGCUAAAAAUUUUCAUUCAUUUUUUUAAUUGUAUCUAAUGUACGAGAAAAGCAACAAACACCGCGAGGUGCAUCAAUCAGGGUUUUUUUUUUCUUUUCCCUUCUUCUUUUUUUUCUUUUCCUUCUUCCUUUUUUUCCUUCUCCCUUCUUUUUUCUUCCCUUUUUCCUUAUUCCUCCUUUUUUCUUCCUUAUUCUUUCUUCCUUCUUCUUGCUUCUUCUUUCUUUUUCCCUUUUCAUUCUUCCUACUUACUUCUACUUUCUUCCUCCAUCCUUAUUCUUUCUUACUUCUUUUUUCUUCUUUCUUUCUACUGCCUUCUUCAUUCUACCUACUUCCUUCUUCUUUCUACUUUCUUCCUAUUUCCUUCUGCUUUUCUUCUUUCUUCCUUUUUCAUUCUUCCUACUUCCUUAUUCUUCCUACUUCCUUCUUUCUAAUUCUUUCUUCCUUUUGCUUUCUUUUUCCAUCCUUUUUCCUUAUUUCUUUUUCCUUCCUUCUUCUUUCUUCUUUUUUCCUUCUUCUUACUUCCUUCUUCUCUCUACCUUCUUUCUUCUUCAUACUUUCUUCUUCUUUAUUCCUUCUUCUUUCUUCCAUCUGCUUUCUUUCUCCUUCCUUCUUUCAGUUCUUUCUCUUUCCUGUUUCCUUAUUUUUUUCUCCCUUUUUCUUUCUACCUUCUUCCUUUUUCCUUCUUCUUCUUUUUCCUUCUUACUUCUUAUUUCUUACAAAUAACUUCACACUACUCAUUUCUUAUUUGUUACUUCUUACUUCUUGCUCACACUACACACUACAAACUCUUCUUAGCUCUCAUUACUUACUACGAAUCUAUGACAAAAGGUCGAAAGACAUAAGGUCGAAAGGACAAAACGUCGAAAGGGACAGAAGGUCUAAAGGACAAAAGGUCGAAAGGUACAAAAGGUCGAAAAGAACAAAAGGUCGAAAAAGACAAAAGGUCGAAAAGGACAAAAUUUCGAUCAAGAACAAGUUGAUAACAUGUUGGGUGUUUGUGCUACUGCAUUUAACUUCAAGCAGAAAUAAUAACACACUCAUCUCAUUAAUCAAAGUUGAACAAUGAGCCAUUUUCAAAGAAGGAGAAAUUACUAUGAAACAAUAUUAUGAAUGUCUAGAUAGGUUUGUUAGAGAUAAAGCAGAUUGUUGAUUUUGGAAAUGAAUAAAACUUGUAUUGCGCGAGGUAGAGUUGUCCUAUACAGUUUGUAAACAAAAUCCCUUUUAUUUAUCACUAUUUUAAACAAUUAAAUAAAAUGCAUUUAAUGAGAGCAAAUAGUAGAUGAAUAUCAAGGUUUUCUGAAUGUCACUUCGAUCUGUCAAAUCUUUCAUUACUCUUUAUCUGAGAGAGAAGCCAACUCACUGACGAAUCGUUUAUUUACUAUGUCUUCUUCUUCUUUAUUUGUGUAGAAACCGUAGAAACUCAACAAAUCAUAGUAACAUUUCAUAACGUCGGAAGCAACAUUUUUCACUCCAAUAAAAACUUGUUCAAAUUGACUGAUUUUAAUGGUUAUGAACUGCAUAACGUGGAACAAAACCGAUUUCUCAUAACACGGGAUCAUUCACAUGGAUAAUUACGGGUUUAAUUCACUCUAACAGAUAUAAGAAAAGUUGCGAACAUAAAUCGCCAAAUAAAUAAUUUGGUUACGACCAUUUGAUGUUGCAUCGCAGUGUUUACUUUUUCGGUUCGCAGUGACUGGAUCGCGGUGACAUUAGGAUUUAGGAUUAGGAUUAGGUUUCUUUCGACCUUUUGUUCUUUCGACCUUUUGUCCCGUUCGACCUUUUGUCUUUCGACAUUUUGUCCUUUUCGACCUUUUGUUUUUCGAUGUUCUGUCUUUCGACUUUUUGUCCUUUCGACCUUUUAACCCUAACCCACUCACUUCAUACACUUAUGGCGGUAAGCUCCAACGAGGAUAAUACGCAAAUCUCGUAUUAUCCUCGUUUGUGCUAAGCUUCAAGUCGUAUUAUCCUUGAUUUUAAUCUCGGAUUUUUUGUUAAUACGCCGAUUUCGUGGUAUUAAGUUAAUACGAGAUUUUCUAGAAGAACGCAGCCAAAUAGAAACUUCUUCGCACACACACAUUGAACGUCUAGCAAAAGUCAUUUUACUGUUUGUUUUGUAUUUUCAUUUGGAAUAAAUAUUCAUUUCUUCGUUUGCCGAAAUUAAAGACUGUGGAACAAUUUGAUUAAAAAUAUAUUAUAGGUAUAUGCACAAGCCAUAGUUCAUACGGAACAGCAUAGAGGAAAAUGAUUCAGGAACAUAUUCGGAGCGGAAAAUAAGGACUGAAAUCUGAUCAAUUUAUCGAGGGUGGUGUGCAUUCACAGUUUUCGCAUAGAAAAGAUCCGCCUCCAGCAUGAAGGAAUCGAAGCAGUAUGCGGUCUAAUUGUGCGGAUAAACCUACUUGCCUGCCGUUUCCGUCGCCGUUCCGCUGUAAUGCGUGGGGUUCUUAAAGGAUAAGUACGAUGUUGUAACGAUUAAACUCUACUAUACUGCCGCUAACCGCAAGUGAGACUUAUCUGGAUAUGGCGUCCAUAUACAGAUAAGGCUGACUUUCGGUUAGCGGCAGUAUAAUUAUGACCUAAACUGUGUUAAAAAUAAACAUGAAUAUAAGAAAGUAACUCUGAAAAACAUGUUGUGUAUCAAACAUAAAGAAUAAAGAAUUCAUGGGUCGUAAUCUUGCAAACAGGAUAUAUUCUUGAAUAAA